AUGGUUGGGUUCAAUAGAACGCCGACAUGGCCUCUGGGAGCCAUAAAUUUGGAGGUGCAGGCAGGCCCUAGAAAUGUUAGCAUAGAAUUUAGGGUAAUUGAUUACUCCUCCCCGUACAAUGCUAUAUUGGGAAGACCGUGGCUGCACGCAAUGAGGGCUAUUCCCUCAACACUACACCAAUUGUUACGAUUUCCAACUGAACAAUGGAUUGAGGAAGUCAGAGGGGAUCAAGUGCAGGCAAAGAAUUGCUCCAUGACAGUAAUGAAAUCCAACUGUAAUGUACGAGAGGCAAAAAAGGUGGAAAUCAAGGACAAGGACAUGGAAGUCCUAGAUGAUGUCGGCAAUGAACUAGCCAAGAAGAGCGAGGAAGCCUUGAAGAAAAUUCUGUGGGCAGGGAGGCCGACAUUGAUUCAUGUAGAGGCAGUAGAGGAGGAAGUAGACAAGCUGUUGGAAGCCAAUGCUAUUCGGGAGGUGAACUACCUAAUUUGGUUGUCCAACAUAGUAGUUGUGAAAAAGAAGAAUGGAAGGUGGAGGGUCUACGUGGACUUCACCAACCUGAAUAAGGCUUGUCCUAAAGACAGCUUCCCUCUGGCUAAAAUUGAUCAGCUGGUGGAUGCUACUUCAGGGCAUGGGAGGAUGAGCUUCCUGAAUACUUACAAGGGAUACCACCAGAUAGCAAUAUAUCCCCCUGACGAGGAGAAGACUUCUAUUUGUUUGAGGUUCAAGGCCUCAAACAAUGAAGCAGAGUAUGAGGCACUAAUUGCAAGGUUGAAGUUAAAAGCAGCAAUGGAAGCCGAUGAGGUGGUAGUCUUCUGCGACUCUCAACUUAUUGUGAAUCAAGCAACAAGCAAGUAUGUAGCCCAAGAUGAAAGAAUAAUAGCCUAUGUCAAAGAGAUCACAGAGUACGAAGCAAUAUGUGUGGAGAUGGGACCAAGCUGGAUGGAUGCAAUGGUAAUGUUCCUCAUGGAUGGCAAGCUGCCAGAUGACAGAAAAGAGGCGCACAAGACAAGAUUGAGGUCAGCCAGGUUUAGCCUAAUAGCAGAAGGCCAUCUCUACAAAAGGUCCUUUACCGGGCCCCUUUUGAGAUGUGUGCAUCCCUCCCAGGUUGAGGACUUUUUGUAUGAAAUUCAUGAAGAUGUAUGUGGAAGCCAUGCUAUAGACAGAUCACUUGCUCAACGAGCCAUCACUCAAGGGUACUGGUGGCCCUACAUGCAAAAGGAUGUUGAAGCCUAUGUUGGAAAGUGCGAGAACUGUCAAAAGUUUGCACCUUUGAUACAUUAA